AUGCCCACCUUCAAGCCUCGAAGCCGCACCCGCCUGAAGUGGCCGCUUUUGGCGGUGGUAGCCGUGGCUGUGAUAUGGUACUUCCAGUUGCACCACGCUGUGGGCCAGCGGUUGUUCCCGCGCACGCAGAACCGGGUGUACCCCCAAGCGCAUCCCCUCACCUCCACCACCAACAAAUACACGCUGAGCCGCUACAUCUACCCUCCCAUCGAAGACGCGGCGCUUUUGAAGGAGCUUGGGUCAGAAAACUUGGUGGUGCAAGCCAAAGUCCGUGACGCCGAGUUCAUCGAGUUUGAGCGGACGCUUCUUCUCUCGCACAACGUCAACGAUGACCCCGACGUCAAGGCGCAAAUGGAGAAGGAAAAAGAAGAAAACGAGCUGAGCGACUUGUUACGAGCCAAGAAUAACUUUAAGAACCACGACAAGUGGGUACACCGUCCCAGUAACGGCGAGUACCCCGAAGUGGUGGUGGUUACCGCCAUCGACUUUGACCAGUACCUGAUGGACCUGCUAAUCAAGAUUGUUCAAAACCGCGUUGACUACGCCCACGCGCAAAGCUACGGGUUGUACGUGCUGUGGUACCAGACGUUUUUGCCACGUCUUAAUGCCCUCACCUAUCUCUCCGACCGUCAGAAGCGGAAGUGGGUGCGUAUCUAUUGCUUGCAGGCGGCAAUGCACGCGUUCCCGGGGCUGAAAUGGUUCUGGUACUUGGACGAACAAGGGUUCAUCAUGGACGACACCGUCGACAUGGCCCUGUACAUGUUGAAUCCCCAGCUGUUAGAGCCGAUCAUGAAGCGCGAACAGCCCAUCAUGUUGCCCCUGGGGGUGAUCAAGACCUACAAAAACACCAAGGGGUCGCUGGUGAACUUGAUUGUCACCCAGCUGAAAGAGAAGAUCGAGACCCACUCGUUUGUCGUCCAAAAUAACCCCUUGGGACGGCUGGUCGUCCAACAGUGGGGGGACCCGUUAUACUUAAACUACCAGAACUUCCCCGCUGGGCCUGACCUGGCGUUGACCCACAUUCUCCAGUGGCACCCGUUUGUGUUGCUGAAGCUGGCUAUCGUGCCCACCCGCACCAUCUCGUCGUCGCACGUUGACUCAAACCCCGAUGAUACCCAGAAUUACCACGAAGGCGACUUUGUGGUACAAUGGGCUGACAUCGAAGACCGUGCAAAGAGCGAACAAGUGCUUAAUUUCUACGCUAAGAAGAAGGCGGGCGAAGCCACCCCUAAAUAG